AUGUAUCACACCUUCUUCCUCCGCGCAGCACAGAUCAUCUCCCUCACCCCCGCCUUCUUCGGAAUCAACCUCGUCACACGCCCCGAAGCCACUCUGCAGCAGCUUCAGUUUCCCAUCCCCGCAGACCCUCAGGCACGCAAGCUUGUUCGCGGAAUCACCAGAAUCUACGGGAGCAGAAACCUCGUCAUCAGCUUCCUUUUCUUCAACAUUACUCUCACGGGGGAUAUUAAGCUUAUAAGCUUGGCUUAUCUUGGCGGGGCGGCGAUGGCGCUUACGGAUGGGUUUGUGGCCAGGUCGGUGAUGGGACAUGGGGAGUGGCAGCACUGGCCUUUUGUGCCGAUUUGUAUUGCGUUCAUGCUGGGUCUUCAAUAUUCGUAA